AUGAAUCAAGAUGCAUACUUUUCCUUGAUCUACGAAGUUGAUGAUGAUGUAGUCCUUAAGACUUCUUGGCUAUUUGAACAACCAGGGAGUAGUGCCUCCAAUGGCGACCGAUGGCACUAUGUCUCAGACACCCUUUUUCACUCAAAUUUAUUGCAAAACAAAAGACAUGUUCUACGAGUGCUCCAACAACGGCCACACAUUCACAUCAUGGAGGCCAUCGAUGUUGAUCAGCCGGAGGGAAUCUACCUCCGGAGAUGUCGCUCCCUAUCUAAAAAUGAAAUACCUCCCCAGCUUCACCGUAUUCGCUGGUACCGGGAACUUGCGGACGCACUUUGCCACCUUCACAGUUUCGGCAUAGCCCAUGCAGAUAUACGGUUUGAAAAUAUUCUCUUUGAUCAUCAGGACGCUGCGAUUCUUUGCGACUUUAGCGCUGCUAGCUCUUUUGGUCAAGCGAACUCCGUUUUCCCAGAUAUUCCACUUCCAAUUAACGUAAUGGCGUAUUGGUUCUACCAGAAAUAA